AUGCCAGAGAAAUGCAAAAGAGACUCGAGCAGCGCGGUGGUCGGUGAGGUGUUUCGUCGCUGUGAUUUUGUUUUCUUCCUCUCACUAAUGAUCACCGUUUGAUAGCCAGGUAGCCUUCCAUUGUCUCUCGUUCGCAAGAAUGCCGCUGGCGCAGCUUGUCGUCGCAACAACAAUAGCGGCGAGGUAACCGGGUCAGCUGUGGGAAACGCGACUCCCACAGGUCCGCUACGACAUGCAAGCCGUGUUCUGCGGGCGAGCCACGGGCUCUUGAGUGCGGUGCCGGCUGAAAUAUGCUCAAGAAACGCCGAUAGCGCACGCUGGAUCUGCGGGUGUGGGCCACGGCCACAACAGGAUGCUAUUUGCUGGGCAUUCACAAUACAACUCAGAGGUUGGUGGUGGUGGAAAGCGACAGCACCUGCCAGAAUUUAGCAUGCCGGCCUGGUGCUGCAGUGCGCGCCGUAUUCGGGUCAUCUUGGUCUGUUUCAUCGCUUUCAACGUUGUCAUACUGCUGCUUGCCGCCAUCAAUUCGGGUACCGUGUCUCGGGUGGGACGUGGUGGCGGGCUCUGGACUGAGCUGUGCCAACACUGCGGUGGCAGCGGCCAUGACCGUGAUGCUUCGUACCGAGACAUUGCCAUGGACAUCUUCCACUUGCCACUGCUCGAGAAUGCGGACAUGGGCACACACUACUACCCACUCCCAUCAGCUGGCAAUCCAGUUGGCAAGUGGUGCUUCCGCCAGGGAACACUGCCGCUUGCUGACUCUGAGAAAGCUGGAAAGUGUCUCUGUGCCAAUGCCUACCAUGGUGCUGAUUGCGGGAUUCCUCAGGUUGUGUGGAAUUCAAGCUUCCUGGAAGCGGGAACAAGACAGGGUGCCUGGGUCCGGCGUCGAGUAAAACCUAGAAGGCUUCUCAGCAUUUCCACAGUGACUGGGCCAGCGCAACUAGACUUUCUCCGGCUUCAUAUUGCAUACUUACAGCCAAUUGUAGAUGUGUUUGUCAUUGCAGACAAAACUAACCGUCUGUUAGCCGACAUAGAACGCACUUUUGGUGGUCAAGAGGAGUACACUAAGAUUGUGUACCUACCCCUCAACAACCGCAAUAACUCAACAGCAACAGCUGAAGACAUGCUGCAGCACCUCUUUUGGAAACGCCUCUCUGACUUUCGUCUCGAUGAUCUUCUCGUCUGGGCGGACCUUACCACAGUGCCACUAGCGGAAGUACUUCUCUUCUUGAAACUUUACGAUGGUUACUCGGAGCCUGUGUACUUGAAUGUUCGACAGCUGGCAUACAGUUUUCUGUGGGAGCAGAAGCCAGACUUGAAACUAGGCAGCUUGGUGGAGCCCAAUCAAAGAUCACAAACUCCAUUUAUCUCGAGCUUUGCUGUGUUGAGUGUGUUGUGCCGUUACAACUUGACUUGUGCAAUGCCACCCAAGACAGACGCUUUUACUGCAGCACAGCUCGACGCAUUUAUGAAAAACCAUGGUUGGGCUAUAGAGCAUUGGACAUUGGGGACAAGUGAAAAGCCCUCUGGCUGGAAUUGCAAAAACUGCGUUACUUUUCCAGACUCAUCAUCAUUGUUUCCUGAAGGCAGCAUGAAUGAAUCUACAGUGACCAAUGAAAAGUGGCAAAUAACACUUUUGAACAAACUGAAGGAAAAUGGAUUCAGCCUUGAAACUGUGCAGCCUGUGGAUAAAAGGGAUCUGAGGUACCUCGCACCGGGAAUAUUGUUGGAGAAGCCAGGGUCGCUAUGGUACUUGGUGCCACUGCAUUUGAAAAUUGAAAAGUGAUGUGGUGGAGCCAGGGUGUCGUUUUUCAAAGCUCACCUCUUAACAGGCAGCAAAGUUGAAAGCAAAACUGACUUGCAGAGAUUACUUUUGAACUGAGGAAAAUUAAUUUUAUGUCACUGACCUUUUUUUUUGUCUUCAUGUGACAUAAUGUUGUGGUUUGCUGCAAUAAUGAACAUUUAGGAGGUGCCGUUUAUCAAUAGUGUUAGUGAUACAGUGUACUUUUUUUUUGUCAAUGUUGUGAGGUGCUUGGACCUACAUAGAGAACUGCAGUUGAAGUUUGACUGCUGUAAAGCCACCUUUUUGGCAGUGAUACCAUACACUUGAACAAGAAAUGAUGAGCUAUGACGUGUUACGUUCACAGUUGAUUUGUUUGUUUAGAAAUGUGUGCAAGCAAAGAUAUUUGGAGCUAUAUAGUUGUGCUUUCUUAUGAAUUUUCUUGAUGGUUGUCUUCACUUGGGCAGAGUUAUAUUUCUGCUUUAACUAAGGAGUGCCUUCAACUUGUGUGAGCUGCAUGGAAGGUCCCUAAUGUAAUUAUCUGGUCAUAGCAGGAGCGUCCAUGUUAUAGUUUUGUGCACCGGUGAAACCAAAAAUCGUUAAGUGUGAUAUAUCUUGUGUGCACACUUGGGUGCAGAGUGUUUUCUUUUUGCAUUAAACUUAUUGUGAUACGUGAUUAUUGCCUCUCAUUUAAGUACUGAGAAACUAGAAUAUAACACCAGGGUGCUGUGCCAGUCCUUCCCACCAAAACAUACUUUCCAUUUUUCAUUGUAGUGUUACAUAUUCUGUUGAUGUACUUUUAUGUUGUCAUGUUGAGAAUAGCAACAUAAAUGACAGUGACAGAUCUUUGGCAUUAUGGUUAGAUGUUUGCAGUCCAUUUAUCAGCAUUUUCAGCCUUUUCCACUUCAUAAAAACUAUUUCACGAAAUUGCUUAAAUGACACUUCAGUAUGGUAUAGUACUUUAAACUUAUAUGGCUUUCCAUAAAUUCUGUGCUAUGGUGAUAGGUACAUACUUCAGACAACAUUAAGAUGUGACUACCUUAUAUGUUCAUGUCCUUCACCCUGUAACAUCCUCAAUUGCAAAUUUUCUUAUUAUGCAUUUAUAGAAACAAAUUCAUCCCAAGGCCAUGCUGCUGAAGUAUCUCAUUUCUUCAUUGGUGACUUCGUUUUGUAUCUGUAAGCAUCACAUUUUGGCACAUCAGCUUCGUAACUCAAUUUUCAUGCUGCCUUGUUGGAUGAUGGAUAUUUUGCAGGACUACAGCAGUAAUUCAUUUUUCAGUUAAUUCAUGCAGUUCGUUGUAACGUAGUAUACCUACUUCGCUGAACUUAUGCCCACCCCUCCCCCCCAAAAAAAGAAAGGCUGUUCUAAAGAAAAAUUAAAUUUGGUACAUAGAGGGAAGCAUUUGAGCAAUAAUGUACUAAUAAACACAUGUAUAUUCAUAGAAAAUGGCUCGGUUUGCACCAACAAAAUUACUCUUUUUUAGAUUGGUAGCAGGAACUGGGUGGGGCUAUCUUAUGAUACGCUGCAUGUUUGUGACAGAAGUAAGACCAAAACAUAGCUCUGGUCUGCAGGAUCUCCUUUCAUAUAUUGCACUUAAAAGUAGAGUGUUUAAUGCAAUGUCACUAAAGUUUGUGGGGAAUCUGUGAGGGAAGGACUUCCUAGAGUAGGUGGAAAAAAAAGUAUGUCUUGGGAACAUGCAAACUGAGUGACUGAGUGAAAACCUGGGAAAAAUCCAACCAAAAUUUUAAUUAAAAAGCAACGUUUUUGAGCCAUAUCAGUUGCUCCUUCAGGGGUUGGAAGGUAAGAGACACAACAGUGCUUAUAUGCAUUUCUGGUGGUUAGGCAGGCUCGUAGAGACCUUAUGUAACCCUUGGAAAUAGAGAGUGGGCAGACGAGCGAUUGACGAUUUCGAGCAUUUUUAUUUAAAGUGCCUCGACUACAAAAAAAGCUGCAUGUGGUGGUUAUCUGCACUAGCUCUCCGCAUGCCUGUCUAACAACCACAAACGCAAGUAAAUGCUGCUUUGCCUCUCACCUUCUCGCCCCUGAAGGAGCUGGUCUGGCUCUGAAACAACUGUCAGUUUUCUCAGUCCUUCAAUCAGGUUAUUGUUUCAUACCAGGCAGAUCUGUUGAAUCUCUGCCUUUUAUUCUUAAAAUUAAUACAUCUUUUAGUCGCUUGUUAUGCCAUAAAAGGAGCAUUUAUUCAAGUGUUAGAGGUCUUUGUAUGAAACAGUCUUAGAGCUUCCUUUUCUUGCAGUAUUCUUAACGUCUUAAAGACAGAGUUGUUUAUCCCUCAAGAUGUAAGCUAUUGUGCCAAAGUUAUGCUUACGGUUUCUUCAUCUAAAAAAGAAGUAUAUGUGUU